AACCCUUACAUUGCGGUCUGUGCGGCAACGCACCAGUUCACCCAUUCUGUUUAUCACAACCGUUGUCGACUGCACAACAUUUGCAUAGUCAACUGCUGUCGUCUACAGUUGUACGCCCUCAGCCAUAAGGAAACGUUUUACUUAAUUCCCAAAUUGUCCAAGUCCAAGCACUUUGGAAAUUGAUCAACAGAAAUGGAGUCAGACCCAGAAUCUGCACCCAAAUCCCAGGGCAAAAUCCGAUCGAAUUUUCUUCUGACCUGUUCCAUCAUCAACAUUUUGAUUUCUUCGCUUUGCGAACGUUUUUUUCUGGAGGAUAGUUGGAGACCAUUGAUCGGCCAAAAUAAGUGGGGAUCGAUCACGUAUAUCGUGGCGGGAUUACUCGGCUUCAGCGCUUCCUACAAGCCAACAAGACCAAUAAUUAUUUCGACGACGGUUUUUUCUUCUUUAUCAAUCUGCUUCGCUCUCAUUUCCGGAUGUAUAACUUUGGCUCAAGGCUUCAGUCAGUGCCCAACGACUUACUUUCCGAGUCCUUCUGGGAAUAAUGGAGUUUGUUACUUUCAAGUUAAACAGCUAGUCUUGGCCAUCGUCAACCUCGUCUCUUUCGUUAACAAUGUUAUCGUCAUUGUUUUGUUGAGUAGAGUCUUCGUCUGUAAAUGUUGCCUGUCCGCCGACUCGUCAGUCCCAGUUCAGUUGGUAGUUCAGAAUCCGCCGCAACCGACGCCCAUGUGGGUCAUUCCCCCGGAUGGACAGCAGCCACAACUUCAGUCUCACCCGACGGUGGUCUACUCGCCAUACCAACUGCAACCGGUACCCCAACAAGAGCAGCAGCAAUGGCAGACGGAUCAACAUCAACAUCCACCCGGAUUCAUGGAUCAUAAAGAUCCCAUUUGUUGGUGACUAUCACGGAGAAAUCGCUUAUUUGUAAAUAACGCCAGACAUCUGGCGCAUAUAUAUAAGUAAUACACACCUGAACCUUAAUUAUAUGGGCGCCUGUUGGUUACGAAUCUGAAAAGGUUGGGAAUGUAAGUGGAUCAUUGACUCUUUAUUCUGACGUAGUUGUCGUCUGGCAAAGGCAAUUACAAUUUGCAUAAAUAAUAAAAGCUUUUGCCCC